AUGACCAUGAGCGACAACUCAAUAUUCUUCCUCUCGCCUUCAACACCAAUCCCAAUGUCUCAGCCAUCUGUUCUGGUCGUCGGUGGAGGAGCCUUCGGGACCUCCACUGCGUAUCAUCUAUCACACCGUGGAUAUGCCAAUGUAACUGUUCUUGAUCGAUUUGCUGCCCCCUCAAAAGAUGCUGCAGCCACAGAUCUGAACAAGAUUGUUCGUUAUGACUAUCCAAACCCACUUUACACAAAGCUUGGGUUAGAGGCCAUGCGGGUAUGGAAGGAUCCAAAUUCACUCUUUCGCGACCUGUUCCGCCCGACCGGAUGGAUCAUGUCUGCCCAUGCGAUGACUCGCGACUUUCUGAAGGCUGCGUAUGAGAGUGGAGUGAAAGAAAAACGCAAAGGAGUGAAGUGGAUGAGUGUCGCUGAGACCAAGAGCAAAUGGCCUGAAUUUACAGGUUCGUUCGAUGGAUGGACUAACUUGUGGAGCCCGGAAGCUGGAUGGGUCCCCUCUGGCGAAGCACUUCUUCGGUUCGCCUCUGCGGCUCAAGCGAAUGGAGUCAAGUAUUUGUCUGGCAAUGCUGGGUUUGCGAAGAGGCUUCUCUAUAACGAGGAAGGAGCCUGUAUUGGUGUUCUCGCAGCGGAUGGUCAAGUUCACCUGGCUGAUGUUGUUAUCCUCUGCACGGGUGCCAACACAGCAACUCUUAUUGAUGCAAAAGAUGAAAUAGUUGCGAGAUCUCACUGUGUCGGUAUCAUGCAGCUUACCCCUGACGAGGUUGAGAAGUACAAGAGCCUCCCAAUUGUGGACGACUUCGAGCAAGGGAUCCUUUUCCCACCCGAUGCCAACGGACUUUUGAAAAUCUGCAGCUGUCGCUUUAUCACCAACUAUUAUAAUUCAUUUGUGCCAGGAGCCUCUAUCGGACACUCGCAUGCUGACUACCCCGAAGAUGGUGUUCCUCGGGAGAUCGAAGAAGAAAUGCGCUCUUUUGUACGAGACAUGAUCCCCGACUUGGCCGAUAGGCCUUGGGUUUCCACAAGAAUGUGCUGGGAUGGAGACACCAAGGACGUCAACUUCCGAGUCUGCCCUUCCCCUAAAGCGAAAAACCUCUAUAUCGCCACUGCAGGAUCUGGACAUGGAUUCAAGUUCAUGCCCAUCAUUGGAAAAUACGUUGUCGACAUGCUGGAGGGAACAAUGAGCAAGGAUUACGUGGAUCUAUGGAAGUGGCGCUUUGGAGCAAUUCCACUGAAGACCGGAAAGGAGCCUCACCCAUGGCCACAGCGAGAUCUGGGAGAAUUAACUGGAUGGAAAGGAAGAAACAAACGUCUGAUCCAGGGCAAACUUUAG